AUGGUCCCUCAAACUAUUUCUCAAAGCUUAUGGCUGCCUACCAACAAAAAUAUUCAAGCCAGGGAAGAUAAUCUUGUUAACUCUUGGUUUACCACCACAAAAUAUAUCUCUAAUCAAGGUUCAAACAAAAAAUAUUUUGUGUUUGAACCUGAUGAUGAAGAUUAUACUUUACCAAGAGAAACAGAACUAAAAACUCUCAAGAUUAGAAUUUAUUCAACUCUAUCUGAGGCCGCAAUACUUUGCAGGUGGAUGGACGGAGUUCGAUGGACUUAUAAUAAAAUCACCCAGCUGCACUUUUAUGACAAGCUUAACUAUAAACAAGUUAAAGCAAACUGUCUAAAUGAUGAUUAUAUCGAACGUAAUCCAGAUGGAAUGCACCUAGAGAAACUAGGUCAUAUGCAAUUCGACAGUACAAGCUUGCAUACAGAACAUAACAUAAACUUUUCCAACAAACCAGUAAAAUGUUCAAAAUAA